AUGACAGAUGCACUUUGGUAUGUAUCGAACGACACCCUUCACCACGACCUUGGCAUCUCAACCAUCUCUGAUAUAAUCCAAGAGGUUGGCAGCAAACACUAUGAUCGACUAGAGACGCACAUCAAUCCAUUGAUGAAGCCGCUACUGGAAGAACCCAAAAAUAGACGCUUGAAAAGACGUCUUCCAAUUGACCUCAAUGAAAGUGUGAAACCGAUUGAAGUUCAUCGACGGAUGGAGGUUCAGUAUGGUGAUGCAUGCUUGUCACAGCAGCACGUGUACGAGUGGAGUAGGGAAUUCAGAAGUGGUAUAACGUCUGUAGCAGAAGCUCCUCGCCCGGGUCAGGCGCACAGAGUUGUGACCCCUGAGUCUGUUGCAGCAGUUGAAGCCCUAGUGAUGGAGAAUGGCCGAGUAUCGGUGGAUGAAAUAGCUGAAAGUCACAGAUCAGCACACCGUGUCAUUCAUGAUGUGCUCCGGUUUCACAAAGUGUCUGCAAGAAUCGUUACUGGCGAUGAAACUUGGGUCCACUACCACCAACCAGAAACAAAGAGAACGAGCAAGGAAUGGCGUCAUUCCUUAUCACCAAAACCCAAGAAGUUCCGGACGCAGCCAUCUGCAGGGAAGAUUAUACUGAAUCUCUUUUGGGACGAACGAGGCGUACUCUUGGAGCACUACACGCCUCGGGGGAACACUAUCACCAGUGCCUCAUAUUCAGAUCUCUUGAAGAAUCAUCUUCAACCUGCAGUCAGAUCAAAGCGACGUGGACUUUUGACUAGAGCUGUCCUUUUGCAACAUGACAAUGCUCGGCCCCAUAUUGCCCGUGCAACAGUUGCAACAACCCAAGACUUGCACUUUGAAUGUCCUCCACACCCGCCAUACUCAUCAGACCUAGCCCCAAGUGAUUACCACAUGUUUGGGCCACUCAAAGAGAAGAGUGGAGGAAAGCAGUUCCGUUUUGAUGAAGAG